AUGGAAAUGGAGAAACUCUCAAAUGGUCAUGGAGCUGCUGUGCCAAUGGAUGAAGAAGUCCCACAAGAGGACCAAUUGUUCCUACAGCACAAGAACGGGAAAACAAAGACGCCCCAGUUUACCGAUUUCGAGGGUAAAACCUCCUUGGGAAUGUCUGUCUUCAACCUGAGUAACGCCAUCAUGGGCAGUGGAAUUCUGGGUCUCUCUUACGCCAUGUCCAACACAGGCAUCAUCCUUUUCCUGGUCCUGUUGAUAUGUAUCGCGUGUUUAUCCUCCUAUUCCAUCCAUCUGCUACUACGUAGUGCUGGAUUUGUGGGUAUCCGUGCCUAUGAACACCUAGGCAUGAGAGCAUUUGGACAUCCAGGAAAGAUAUUAGCAGCUGUCAUCAUAACACUCCAUAAUAUUGGAGCUAUGUCCAGCUACCUGUUCAUUGUCAAAUCCGAGUUACCGCUUGUCAUCCAGGCUUUUCGUGGCCAAGCGGAUGGGUCAGAUGAUUGGUUCAUGAAUGGAAAUUACCUCAUUCUCAUAGUCACUGUCUGUAUCAUCCUUCCGUUGGCCCUCAUGAAGCACCUUGGUUAUCUUGGUUACACAAGUGGAUUUUCUCUCUCCUGUAUGGUGUUCUUCCUCUCAGCUGUCAUUUACAAGAGAUUCCAUAUUGGGUGUCCUCUGGAGGUGUUCAGCAACCACUCUGUCACAACAGAACACUCAGGCAACAUGUGCGUCACCAAAUUUUUCACCGUCAACCAAGAGACGGCAUACGCCAUCCCAAUUCUCGCAUUCGCCUUCGUAUGUCACCCUGAAGUUCUUCCCAUCUACACCGAAUUAAGAAACCCAACCAAGAGAAGAAUGCAGAAUGUUGGCAAUAUUUCCAUCCUUGGCAUGUUCAUUAUGUACUUCCUCACCGCUACAUUUGGCUAUCUGACCUUUUACGAAAACACAGAAGCAGAGCUUCUUCAUACCUACAGUAAGGUGGACCCUCUGGACACUUUGAUCCUCUGCGUGCGAUUUGCUGUCCUGAUUGCUGUCACUCUCACUGUCCCUGUGGUUCUCUUUCCUAUUCGUCGUGCCCUGCAGCAGCUUCUUUUCCCUGGAAAGCCCUUCCACUGGGUGCGUCAUGUUGUCAUCGCCCUGUGUCUGCUGUCUGUCGUCAAUCUACUGGUCAUCCUCGUGCCCAACAUUCGAGACAUCUUCGGAAUCACGGGGGCAACUACUGCUCCCAGUCUGAUCUUCAUCCUUCCCGGACUGUUCUACAUCCGUAUCAUCCCCACGGAGCAAGAGCCCAUGAACUCCAGACCAAAGAUCCAGGCCGCAUGUUUCACAGCGCUCGGCUUUAUAUUUAUGACCAUGAGUCUCACCUUCAUUGGACUUGACUGGACGAGUGGGGAAAAACGAAGUCUGGGCGGGCAUUAA